UUAGUUUCUGCAUUUGAGUAGUCAGAGAUUUCGAAGCAACUCUUGCUUUUAGUUUAUUAGUCAUCAUCAAGAAGAAUUCAAGAUGCCAGGACUGACAAUCGGAGAUGAAAUUCCUAACUUGGAAGUUGAAACUACUCAUGGGAAAUUCAAGCUUCAUGACUUCAUUGGAAACCAGUGGACCAUCUUAUUUUCUCACCCUGGGGACUUCACACCUGUCUGCACAACAGAGUUAGGUCAAAUGGCUGCAUACUCUGGUGAAUUUGAGAAAAGAGGUGCCAAACUUUUAGGACUUUCUUGUGAUGAUGUUCAAUGUCACAAUGAAUGGAUCAAAGACAUUGAAGCUUACACGCCUGGCUGCAAGGUGAACUACCCAAUCAUAGCCGACCCAAACAGAGAUAUCAUGAAGCAGUUGAACAUGGUUGAUCCAGAUGAAAAAGAUCCGAACGGAUUUCCAACACCAUCAAGGGCACUGCACAUUGUUGGAACUGACAAGAAGGUCAAGUUAAGUUUCUUGUAUCCCGCUACAACUGGAAGAAACAUGGAUGAGAUAGUCAGGGUUUUGGAUUCACUUCAGAAGGCAGCAAAGAACAAGGUUGCAACUCCAGUGAACUGGAAACAGGGAGAUCCCGUGGUGAUAUCUCCAAGUGUUACUAAUGAUGAAGCCAAGAAGAUGUUCCCUCAGGGUUUUGAAACCAAGGAUCUUCCAUCAAAGAAAGAAUAUCUUCGCUUCACUAACGUAUGAAGAAGAAAUAGGUCGCACUGUUACUAUUGCUUUUGUUAUUUUGGGUCUAGGGGCGGUUAAGUUUAAUGUUCGGUCUGUACUUAUGGUGUCUAUUAGUAGUAUGUAGUUAACUGCAAAUGUUGCUGUCUAAUCUGUGUUUUUUAAUUAUGAAUGUUAGUU